AUGGAUCACCGUCCGCAAGCAUGGGGUCGCCCUAGAGACGACGUCUACGGCGCCUACGACCACUCAUACGUCCAGGAGAAUGCGCCUCGGACGCACACACAGCAGCCCAUCGUCACCGGCACGUCCGUCGUUGGCGUCAAGUUCAAGGACGGCGUCGUCAUUGCCGCCGAUAACCUAGCCUCGUACGGCUCCCUUGCCCGCUUCACCGACGUCAAGCGCCUCAAGACCUUCCAGGACACCUCCGUCGUCGGCUUCUCCGGCGACAUCUCCGACAUGCAGUACCUCGACCGGCACCUGACCGACCUCGCCCUCAACGAGGCCUACUCCGCGCCGUCCUCCUCCGACGCCACCCCGCCGCGCCUCAACGCCGCCAACCUCCACCGCUACCUCGCCAAGCUGCUCUACAACCGCCGCUCCAAGUUCGACCCGCUGUGGAACCACCUGCUCGUCGCCGGCCUCGACGACGACCGCAAGCCCUUCCUCGCUGCCGCCGACCUCCUCGGCACCACCUACGCCAGCCCCUCCCUGGCCACCGGCUACGGCGCCAUGCUCGCCCAGCCCAUCCUCCGCCGCCGCGUCCCCGACGAGGAGGCCGCCGCCGCGCUAGACAAGGCCGAGGCCGUCGAGCUCGUCAAGGAGUGCAUGAAGGUCUUGUUCUACCGCGACGCGCGCAGCAUGGACACCUUCUCCCUGGCCGUCGUCACCGCGGAGGGCGUCGACGUCUCGUACGACAACAAGCUGGAGAACCAGAGCUGGGCGUUUGCCGAGAGGAUCCGCGGCUACGGCACGCAAACUGUCUAA